GAAGGCGUGAAAACGGAGAACGAUCACAUCAACCUGAAAGUGGCGGGGCAGGACGGCUCUGUGGUGCAGUUCAAAAUCAAGCGGCACACCCCGCUGAGCAAGCUGAUGAAGGCCUACUGCGAGCGGCAGGGCUUGUCGAUGAGGCAGAUUAGGUUCAGAUUUGAUGGACAACCGAUCAGUGAAACGGACACACCUGCACAGCUGGAGAUGGAAGAUGAAGAUACUAUCGAUGUGUUCCAACAGCAGACGGGUGGGGUGUGCUAA